CUACCGCUGCUGGUCCUGACACAACCCAGCUUGCUCGCCACCUGCUUCUCCAGCAUCUUCUCCCUUCCUCCAGCAAACACCAUGGAGGAGGUGGAGGCUGCUCUCUACACCAAAACUUUGAAAACCAUGGAUGAGAUGCUGAAGGCCUUGGUGUGCGAGGAUCAGGAGCCCAACCUUCUGGUGCUGCAAAUCAUCUUGAAGGUCCUGCUCCCCUGGACCACAUCCAGGGAGGUACAUGAGCGGCUGAGGGCAGUGGGAAGGAUCAGGUGGCUGAUGGAAUUCAUGGGGUCUCAGUGCAAAUUCCAGGAAGUGGAGGAGUUCAGAGUCCUGGGCCAGCUGGUGGGGUGUCUCACUCUGUGCUGUGUGGAGCAGGAGCAGGAGAUCUGGCAAUCGGCUGUGGAGGGACUUCACCACCUCUUCUCCUUCAUGCAGCUGCUAAAAUCCAAAAUGCUGGUGAAUCACAGUGCAGAGUAUCGGCAGAUCCUCAAGGACAGUCAAACUGAGAGAGCCUUCUGGGUCACCAACAUCAGCAAUAUCACAUCGCUGUUUGGGAAGUACUUCAACCCGUCCGAGAGCAUGGACUUCCUCCUCGUUGCUAUCGACGGCGUGAGAGACUCCAGCGUCCAUGACGCAGUGACGGCCAGGAACAUGCUGCAUAUGAUCCUGGAGGUUCCCGGCCUGGGCUUGGUGAGGGUGUCAGAGGCUGUGAGGAGCAUUCAUAACCACCUGGACUCCAUCAGCGAGCCACUUGCCCGGCAGGAGCUGCUCAGGGCCCUUCUCCUGCUGGGUUCCCAGUUCAGCGAGGAGGUGGUCGGAACCCUGCUGGGCUGCUCACUGUCAUGUGACAGUGUUGCUGCAGAGAUGUGGAAGAUACUGACAUCCCAGCCCAAGAGCACAGAAAAGAUCCUUAGGGAGCUGGUCAGCAGGCUGCAGGGGCAGGCUCCGCGACGGCAUCAGCUCUCUCAGAGACCGGCCGGCGUCGCCUCCUUGGCCGCCACAAGAGCUCUAUAUGUGAUCCUGCAGGAGCAGGCCUGCAGGCAGGAAGUGAAGGAGCUCUUCCCUCAGCUCUACGUCGCGCUCCUCUUCCACAUCACCCACACAGUGCAGCACACUGCUUCGCAGGAGAGGGAGCAUAACCAGGAGGACACGGCCGCACCCCUCAGCCCCGUCAGGUUCGCAGUGAAGGCCAUGGAAGCUUUGCUUCUAUGCGCUGGCUACAAGGAGCAGGCCACCUUCAUGAUGAAGCAUGGCCGCUGGGACCUGCUCAUGAGCUCUGACACACACCACAAAGGUGUCUGCCUGCUUGCCCGGGCCAUGGUUUCGCUCAAUGUCGAGGAGCGAAACUGGAUUUUCCACCAUCUCAUGGCCAUCCUCAACGAUCGGGACGAUAGGCGGUACGUCCCGGCCGUGGCUCUCUUCAUUCAGCUCCUCAAGUGCCCUGACCUUGGCAGCGAGCUGGAAGACGCCAUCAUGGAGGAGAUGAGCAGGCUGCUGAGCGACCCCAAGACCGUGGUGCGCUGGUUGGCGCUCAAAGGCCUCCUCAAUCUGGCCCUUCGCCAAGAGAAGGUGGGGAAACUCCAGCAUCUGCUGCCAGAUGUCCUGGAGCGACUCCAGGAGGUAGACAGAGACCUCAUCCGCAAGGCCAUCGCCGUGCUGAAACACCUCCUUGCCAGCAUGGACAGGCAGAGCGCCAGCCACGUGGCUGUGCAAGUGGCUGCGCAACUCCUGCCGUUGUUUCAUGAUGUAAGGCCUGGCAGCUCACAGGAGAUCCCAUCAAACUGCGGACAUGUGACCAGCAAGCUCCAGGUGCUCUCCAUCACCCUUUUUAAAGACCUGCUGGAGCUUGUAAGGGGGCCCAACCGGAGGCAGAUGAAGGAGCAUGUGCUCCAGAGCCUGGUCCCACUGCUCCUCCUUGUGCAUGAUGAGCGUCCCAACGUGUCCCAGGUGUGUUGGGACACCCUCAGCAGUGCCGCCCAAUUCCUGAGGUGGCACCAGCUCAGUGGCCUCAUCCAGCACAAGGAAACCUGGCGAAGCUGUGACUGCCUGGUGAUCCACUACAAGGAGAGAGCUGAUGACUUCCUGGGCCAGACCAUGGCCUUCCUGCAGAACCCACAGACUCCAGUUAGGGAAGCAGCCAUCAGGUUCCUAGGGCUCACUGCCCGGCAGCUGGACCAGGGGAGCCAGGACAAGCUGGACGCCAUCUGCGACAACCUCAAAGGCUUGCAGCAGGACAGCAAGUCCUCAGUCCGAUGCCUGGCUUCUCAGACCAUCUUCAUCCUGGAGGCCUUCAAGAACCAGCCUCCAGCCUGCUGCAGCCUAUGGACAUUGGUCCAUAGGAUAAGAACAAUGUGCACUGCGGAGAGCCAGCUCAUUGAAGCUGCCCAGCUGCCCUAGCUCUGGGAAAAGCCAGCCUCCCUUCUCUGGGGGCUUGGUGCAUCAGAGCCCACCUGGAGCAAGGUGGAACACAUGGCUUCUUCCCAACUGGCCGCCUGCCCUGCCCAGCCAUGUGAGUAGUUAACUGCUCAAUAGCUUUCAUCAUCAUGUACUUUUGGACAGGUUUCCAUGCACGGUGUGGCAUUUACGUCCUGCCCUCCAUCCCCAUUUCCAGUCGUGUACGUUUUUGAUGCCGUCGGCCAUUUUGAAAAUUUAUUUUGUAUUAUUUUUCUGUGUUUGGCCGGGGGAAGGUUGUGUGCUUGUGUUUUGACAUAUUUAGAGAAAAAGUACGAAUGAGUAGAAAGAGAGGCUGUAAAGGGUUUGCAGUCCCCCCCCAGGCCCCACCGUCCGUACAUCUGGGUGGGAGACCACACCCCUUGCU